AUGAAUGUUCAGGAUAGAAGAAGGAUAUUAGGUCCUAUUGAGGCCAGACCUCUAGCUUUUCCAGAAGUUAAGUCUAAUUCUAAAGAAGAAACUGCAGUUGUUCUAUCUGAAUUUCAAGCUCCUAGCAUCCAAACUACUCUGUUAAAAAAUUGUAAUGGUUCAUGUAUAAUAGAAAACGACAAAACAUCUAUUUUAAGCUCAAUCUAUGGUCCAAGAUCUACCAGGUCGAAUCUUUUUGAGGCUCGUUGUUUAAUCAACGUUACUAUUAAAAGUACGAUAUUUCCAACUUCUGAAUUAAAAGAACUAGGCAGUUUUUUAAUUAAUGUUUUAGAAAGUUUCGUUUGUUUAGAGUUGUAUCCAAAGGCUGGUAUUGAUGUAUUUGUCAACCUAAAUAUAGAGAAGGUCUGUGAUCUAAGUUGGUACAUCCCAUACAUAAUGAUGAGUAUAGUUCUUGGUCUAGUCGAUGCUGGAAUUGAAAUAUCAGAUUUACCUGGCUGUGGAUUCAAUGAUAAUAAUGCUAUUUGUUUUACAAAGAAUGGUUCUGAAGUUAUCGGUAUUUGGAGAGAUAAAGGUGAUAUCGAGAAUGAAUCCAGUUUUGGAGACAGUCUUGAUGCUUGUAAGGAACAAUACCUGCAAAUAAAAGGUUUAAUGGCUAAUUAUUUAUUAUCUAAAUUAGACAAUGAUAAAACUAAAUAA